AUGACUCCGACAGACAUCCGCUUGAUCAAGCAGACGUGGCGAAACCUGUGCGACCACAACCGCAACUACGGCGUGCUCAUCUUACAGGCGUUCUUCCACAAGCAGCCCGACACCAUGCACCUGUUCAGGCACUUUCGUGGCAAACCCGUCCAGUCCCUGCCCGCAGACAUGUUGUUCAGGACGCACGCCAGCGUCUUCGGUUCCCAGCUAACCUCCAUCGUCGAUAACAGCGACGACGUCGAGCUUCUAGAGGCACUCAUCCGCAGGAAUGCUGAGGGGCACAGGAAACACUUGGGUGUUAUGCCGACGCACUUCCGCAUCAUGGGCAAAGCCGUGGUGGACGUUCUGCAGACCAAGAACGGCAAGCUCAUGACGCACGACGCUGUCUUGGCGUGGGAAAAGCUGUUCACUGCGAGCCAGCGGCGCCUUUGA